UCAGUUACAUCACAUUCCUGACUAUAUUUUGGAACUGCGCGUUGCCCUUUUCUACGUGCAUGACGCCGCAGGCUGAAAUCUUCUUUGUCAGAGCAUUUGGACUGACAGCGUACAGACAGACAGUUGCCUACAGAGGGCUGCUUUAAAACGCAGUCGGCUCAGGUCAGUGUAUUUUGCGGCCAAAUGAUUUUCGUUUUGAAAUAAGGAAACCAAAAUUGGGAAACAAGCCCGUUUUUUGUUUUUGAAAAUAAAAAAUAGAAAACAAGGAAACAACCUGUUUUCUGUUUAUUUAUGUUCAAAACAGAAAACGGGUUGUUUUUUCAUUUUAUAUAAAAAUAGAACCCCCCCCAAGAAAAGCCAUUUUCUGUUUUGAAAAUAAAAACAGCUCGUUUGCAAUUUUGCUUUUUCUCAUUUCAAAACAAAAAUCCAUCAGCCGAAGUACACUGACCCUGCAACUUGUCUUUGUCAGAGCAUUAGCAGGGCCGUGCAGGCAGACAGUGGGCUACACAGGGCUGCUUUAAAAUGCACUCGUCUAGAUAAGACUAAUGACGUUUCCUUUUACCAAUCCGCACUGCUGUCACAGCUCUGUUUGCCCUGUCUUAGCUCUUUGUCAUGCACACAUGCGUGCAUAGAACCCAUAUGGAACCCGGUAUAACAACAAAUCCGGUUUCUCCGGUGAGAAUGUAGCGACCUCUCAAUCCCUGACUCCAGUCAGGGAAACCGGCUCACUGUACGUUACCGGUUUCACUGCAGAAAGCUUCCACCGACCCGGUUACUUUAAUCAACGUGAACGAACACAUUGUUUCUUCAGCCCCAUUGGAGUUAACAUGGCUUUCCAUCCAGACACAGACAACAACACUACUACCGACCAAUCAGAUCGCUCUCUCUCUCCGCCGCGGAAAUGAACGACCAAUCAGCUGUCUGAGUGCUCCCAGCGAUAAGCGCCGAAGGACCAAUCAGCGCUCUGUCUGGGUCUGCUCGGGGAGACGAGCAGCCACUCAGCGGCCUGUCUGGGCUUCACGGAGCGAGUGCCCGACCAAUGAGCCGUCUGUCUGGCUGCACCGAGGGGGUGAGCGUCUGCCGAGGCCCAAUCAGCGGCUCAGUGCUGCCUGCCGGUGCCGGGGACUGGUGGUGAGGAGCCGCUGCAACGCGUCAGGACCGGACCGUGAACCCGGAGACGGCACACACCGAGGCGAAAGGAAGACACAGGAUGGAGCGGAUGUCUGAGGAGGCGCUGAGGCUCAACCUGCUGAAGCGAGGCCUGGAGUCAUCCAGCGAGCGAGAGGAGGCACUGGCCAAGCGCCUCAAAAUGGAGGGCCACGAGGCCAUGGAGCGCCUCAAGAUGCUGGCGCUACUGAAACGCAAGGACCUAGCCGACCUGGCAGCCCUGGAGGUGGCAGGGCCACUGGGAGAUGGGAAGGGCCCCGGGGCCAGCACCCUCCACCACCAGAGCCUAAUGGGCGCCGCUUAUGAGGAGAAGCUGAAUGGGAGUCUGAGGCUGGGAGGCCACGGUGGCCACGUUGGACCCAGCAAGAAUGGGAAGGAGAACAUGCUGGAUGAGCCGGUGGAUAUGAGCGCUGGGAGAAGAUGUGAGGCAGACCAUGACAGACGGACUCCGUCUCCAGACGUCAUCAUCCUGUCAGACAAUGAGGCGUCCAGUCCCAGAACGACACCUCGCCCCGAGGAACGCCUGCACCAGGCCAACCUGGACAUGUUCAAGGGGAAGACAGGAGAGGAGAGGCAGCAGAUGAUCAAAGCCCUGAGAGAGGAGCUGCGUCUGGAGGAGGCUCGCCUGGUGCUGCUCAAGAAGCUCCGACAGAGUCAGAUGCAGAAGGAGAACGUGGUGCAGAAGGUCCCAGUGGUCCAGAACGCCUCAUCCUCUGUGCAGCCUCCUCCCAUCCACAGCUCUCCUGGCCUGGGGAAGCUGCCUGUGAGGCCGGGCCUGCACAACCCUGAGCCCCAGAACCUCCGCACUGCACAGGGUCACACAGUCAUCAGGUCAGCAGCCAAUGCCAACCUGCCGCCAAUGCUGAUGUCCCAGCGAGUGAUAGCCCCUAACCCUGCCCAGCUGCAGGGCCAGAGGCUCUCCUCCAAGCCCGGAAUGUCUCGCUCCAGCUCCAGCAGCAUGGCCAAUGCCGUCAGCUACCAACAGGCCAGCCAGCAGGUGGCAGCUUCCCAGCGCUCAGGCUCCAGUGCCAUGUACAUGAACCUGGCCCACAUGCAGGCAGCGGCGGCGGCAGGGGCCCAGGGUGGCCUGGGCGGUGCUUCGGCCGUCAGCCCAUCCACCAUGUCCGGCUCGGCCAGCGGAGGGGUGAGCUCCAUGGCUGACCAGGCCAGCAGCCAGGCAGCGGCCAAGCUGGCCCUGAGGAAGCAGCUGGAGAAAACCCUGCUGGAGAUCCCUCCACCCAAACCCCCUGCCCCGCUCCUUCACUUCCUGCCCUCUGCCGCCAACAGUGAGUUCAUCUACAUGGUGGGCUUGGAGGAGGUGGUGCAGAGCGUGCUCGACAGUCAGGGUAAACUCAGAGGGACGCUGGCUCGCAUGGAGCCUUUCUUCUGCGCCCAGUGCAGAACCGACUUCACCCCACACUGGAAGCAAGAGAAGAGCGGGCGAAUCCUCUGUGAGCAGUGCAUGACGUCCAAUCAGAAGAAAGCUCUGAAGGCGGAGCACACCAACAGGCUGAAGAACGCCUUUGUGAAAGCCCUGCAGCAGGAGCAGGAGAUUGAACAGAGGCUGCAGCAGCAGGCGGCCCUCUCUCCCAGCUCGGCCCCUACAGGCCCCAACGCCUCCAAGACUGACUCCAUGAUCCGACAUCAUGCUCUCCGCCAGGCUCCCCAGCCUCAGGCCUCCCUGCAGCGAGGUCUGUCCAACUCGGCACGAGGCGUCCUGUCCAACUUCGCCCAGGCCUCCCAGCUGUCGGUGGCCAGCAGCCUCAUGGGGAUGACCAGUGCCAAGCACUGUGGCAGCGGCGGAGGCAGCGGCAGUAGCAAUAGACUGCAGCAUGACAGCCGUCGCCAGAUCUACAACCUUCCAGGGUUAAAUAUUGCCUAUCUGAACCCAGCGGCAGUUGGAGCCCACAAGAGCUCCAGCUUAGCAGACCGGCAGAGAGAGUACCUGUUGGACAUGAUCCCACCUCGAUCCAUAUCGCAGUCCAUCACCGGACAGAAAUGAGCCCCGCCUAGCCCUCCUGCCCCUCUGAAGCCACCCCCUCCCUCCCCAUCCUGCCCUCCUACCCCAUACUGAAGCACUCCCAGAUCAACCAACAUCCCCACCCCACCCCACCCCAUCGCAUGCAGUGCCUGUCCGUGUGCCUACCUUAAACCAACCCAUGAAAACCCACCAAGUCGGACAAAGACACUAAACUGUCAGUGCAUCUCAAAUGUUCUUAUUAUAGUAAAAAUCUUCUUCGUCAGCGUUGUUUAACAAUUAUAAUUCCCAUUAUUAUCGCUGUUGGUAGCACUAUUAUUAUACCUGCAACUACCAUUUUUGCUUCAGUUACUAUUACUCAUUAUGCUUUUUUUCUUUUAUAAGUGUUUGGUCCAUUCUUUUUUGUUUCUCUGCUGUCUCCUCCUUUACUUUGGGGAGUGACGGUGAAUCAUUGUAGGGCCACUUUAGGCCACAAUCAUAGGAUUUUUUUCCUCCACUCAAUUAUAAAGCUUAGAUGUGACUAUUGCUAGUAACAGAAGAUCAACAGGGUGCAUUCUGGUUGCUAUGCAACAUAAAGUUUAACGACUUUGAAGCUUUGUAAAAAGUGUUAGCUCGCUAACUUGAAGUAACAAAGUGGAAAAUACUGAUAGGAACAAAACCAGACAAUAUUAGGUUAGUGACUGCUCUGCUUGCUCUUGAAAAGAGGAUGAAGAGCCCAUUCUGGAAAUGGAGAAUGUGGAGGGAGGGGGGGGAGCUGAGCACCCACCUGUAUCAUCUCGUCAAAAGGGCCAGUUCCAAGUUCCGACACCGGCAGCACCCCUAAAUUUUGAGGAGACCCCUCCCCCCCUGCUACCAUCAGAGCUAAUUAACUGGAAAUGACUGACAAAAGGUGCAGACGUGUACAAAAGAGAAUCCUAUGUGAUCAGAGUUUGGAAAAAAACGUUUCCUUUGCUAGUCUGCUCCCACCAUUCCCCCAUCAAAAGGUCAUCGGUUUCUUCAUUUCAGAUGUCAGCCUCUCCUGUUACAGACUUUAACAGUCGCCAGGCGAAUGAACACGGGACAUACUGUAGUUGUACUAAUCAGGACUGACAGACGCAGCAACGUCCCGACUGCACCUUCAGCGGACCGAUAACGGACCCCAACCAGAGGAUGAUGUCCACAGAUUCCCAGUAUUCACAGGGGGGUUGACGGUCUCCUCUCAGAGAGAAGCCAGAUGAUUUUCCCCUCCUGGUUCCAUCUCAUUUCACUACCUGCAACUGACCCCUCCAUGCCCCCCCUACCCUCCUCCUCAAUACCUUUGGUUAACCAGUAUGCACAGACUGAACCCUUUUUACCCAGCAGCUCCUCUUGGCAUCACAUGUUCUUUGAGAAAGUGAAAAGAACUCCGAUCUGAAGGUGGAAGCACAUUUUUUGUGUCCAAACCACAGAUUCUGUACCUAGAAACCUAGAAAUCUGGGUUCCUUCUCUUGUUAUAUUUGGGUUUAUAGAUUGUUUUCUGAUUGUUGCCCCGCUCCCCAACCCACCCCACCCCCCUUCUUCUUUUCUCUCUCUUUUUUUUUUUUUGGUUUGUUUCUUUCUUUGUUUUUUUGCGGCGUCUCCCAAUGAAAUGGUGGCGUACCUGAGAGGUAUUAGCCCCUGGAGACGAUAAUAAUCAACAUAGCUAACAGAAACUAUUGAAAUAUCUGUAUGGAUUAUGUAUAGAUACCUAGCUUCAGAGGAGAAAAAAAAAGGAUGUGGAUUAUAUCUUUUAUGAGAGAGACAUGGAUCAAUCAUUGUGUGCAUGCUCUGCACACAAGUUGCCUCACUCCAGAGGAGCACUUUGCAUAUUUCCAAUUGGGAAAAACAUUUUUUUUUUUUUUUUAAAGAGGAAAAUAAUGUUACAAUUGAGAGUGGCUAAGGUCUGGAUGCUGGCUGAGGGCCGACCAGAGAGUCAGGGGAGAUGUCUCAAGUAUUGUGGAUUGCAUCAAGGUGUGUUUCAAUGGAUGACUAAUGGUUUAAUUUACUUGCCAGUGUUGACCUCUGUAAAUGUUGGACCUCAAGUGUCAAGUUUCCAAAUCUCUGGUGCCCAGUGUGCUGGGGUUAGACCCAGCCUGUGUAUAAGCUGCUGCUGGCCUGAGUACAUGUACCAGCAUCACUAUAGGGUCUCACUGUCUGGAAAACCCCAGCAAUAACUGAAGAACCAUUAGUAAAGUUAUUCUCCUUUUCAGUGCAGAGUCACCAAAGCAACACAACCUCAUAUUUAUAAAGGCUGAACUAAACUAGAGGACCCGAUCCAAAACAAAUCCAUCAUCAGAGCUUAUAGUGUUUGCUUGGAUCCACUCUGGUACCAGCAUCAUCCCACAGUAUAUAAGAUACGAACUCAACUGUGUCAGACCCACACUUACCAAUCCAAAUGAAGGCUUUCCUGUGAUGGAUGAUCUAGUUCUGUUGACCUUCCGAAGGGAGCAGACAUUGUGCAGACAUCAGCAGGAAUAAUGGGAACAAGGGAGACAGGAAGAUAGACCUCUGGGACUAACACAGAAAUACACCUCGACUACAAUCUAAAGAAUCAUCGGAAUGGGUUUUAGUGAGCGCACUGUUGCACAACUCUAACAAGAAGGAAGUGUAAAGGUCAAGUCUAAGUCGUUUUUGGUAGUGGCCGUCGUCAGUCCAUUUUGGCGUAACCGUAACAACACCUCCCUGGGUCCCACAGGAGUGAUGGGCUCUAGGUUUGCAGUAGCCCAGACGUUUCAAGCAGUGUUCAGUCAGUGUGCAGUAUUAUUCGUAGAACAUGUUGGCUCCUCACACGGACACGAGGCUGUGAAGUCAGUCUGGGUUUGAGAUGAGAGAACCAGGCAGUUCACACGGGGCUCCGUGGCGUAGUUAUGAAUCCCAGUGCUUGUCUUGGCAAGUGCUAGGUUUGGUCAGGCACUUAUUAUUAUUAUUAUUAUUAUUAUUAUUAUUAUUAUUAUUAUCCUCAGUUUUCAGUCACAGUUGGUUAGGAUUCUACAAUAAAACUACAUAAGGUUCAGGAAAUGAUCAUGGCUUGGGUAAUAACCCUUUAAAUAAUGUUAAUUAGAUGUUAGAAAGCAUUUCUAGCAGAAAAGACAAUAAUCCUGACAUUGCGUGAAAAGCAGUGGGAUCCAUAAUGACACGGUUCUGAGCUGACCGGCCAACACCUUUCAGUCUGUUCAAACAGUUGACGAAGUGGGGGUUUACAAAGAAGUCUCAAAUCAUCUACUAAAUCUAUAAAGUCUUAUUUGGAAACUUGCAAAUUACAGUGCAAAGACUGUUUUAGUGACUUACUUUAGGAUGGAGCCCAUGGAUCCAGGGUGUCUGCCAGGCAGGUCCCCAUGAGCUGUUAAUGGAGAAGAUCUGGAUUGUAGUGUGGUGAGACAACAUAGCACAGGUUCCUCAUGGACAUGAGACCGACACUGAUGCAUAGGGUUGUGGGUGGUCCAACACACCUUCUGGUAGCCGUAUCGGAGUGUUUCUAACAAAAUGUUUAUCCCUCAGUGUGCAGUUGAUGUGUGAGUGGAACCGUCACUGAUUACUUUGUGUUUGGUUAUUAUGUGCUCAUUGGCUAUCUAACCAUAUGUCUGGUUACAUUACACUAUUUACCUUUUAAUCCUCUGUACAACCUUGUGCAGACAUUUGGUUCCAAAAGGUCAGGUAGCUCGGUUUAUGACCAGAUACCUGGAGACCUAAUGACACUCAUCAGCUUCAGCAAAUGUUAGCAUGCUAACAUGCUAAACUCAGAUAGUGAACAUGAUAAACAUUACGCGUGCUACUUCACUUGCUAACAUUGUCAUUGUGCGCAUGUUAGCAUCCUGACAUUGGCAUUUAGCUCAGUGCACUGCUAGCUAGCGAGGCUGUAGGCUCGUAUUCUGCUGAGUGACGCUAAAAUGUAAGAUAAGCAUGGAAAGCUAAGGAGGCAGUUAAAACCCUUUUGGAAAGUAUCAAUUGUUUAAAAAAAAGAAAUAAAGAUUUAGCGUCCCGCUAGGAUUAAAAUUGGAAAAAGACAGAAAAGCAGUUGGUAUUGGAGCCGGCCCGUCGACGCCUUUAUUGGUGACAGAGCUACGGUGUGAACUGAGGUGGAAGCUGGCAGUUUCUGUUGAAUUAAGCUAGCUAACAAAUCCCCUUCACCUCUCCUCCACUGGUUUUCAUGGCUCAGUGUUAUUCUGGAUGCUAAGCUAACACAUGAUACUGGUAAAAAUCUAAACUCUCAGUUUGAACAAUAUAUUCAUCCUUUUCUGGGUGAUGAAGUGCUCAGUUUCUUUCUAGCUGAAUGGGUUGUGACCAAUGGAAGAAAGGCGUUAUGGGAAAAAUACAUUGUUUAAGCUAAUAGAGCACAGCUAGCUAGCUAGCUUAGGAAGAGGAAGGAUUCAGUUCUCUCCUGAGCAGUGUUGGGUUAGUUACUCAAAAGAAUGUAUUUAUUACUCAUUACUCUUUUCAAAGGUAAUAUUAUUACUUUACUUAUUACUACCUGCCAACAGUAAUUAUUUACUAGUUAUAUUACUUUUCUGCUACUCAAACAAGACAUAAAAUUGGUAAUUGUGUCUUUUCUUCCCAAACUAAUGGAAUAUUUCCAGUUACUGAAUGUUUCAAAACUUUCAAACUAGUUUCCAAAAAUGAAUCCAAGGAUAUGAUUAGACUGUUGGAUUUCAAAUCAAUAGAGGGUGACAAUAAAAGGAAGGUUAUAAAAAAAACCUCUUAUUUAUUAUUUUCUAAAUUAAAUGUUAUUACUGAAAUGUAUUGUACUAAUUAGUUUUGGGGACAGUAAUAUUAUUAGUAGUAAUGUCUGAGUGGCCAACACUGCCCAUGAGCUCCUCUUCAGAAGCAAAGAGCAUUUAGGUCAAAUCACAGUAAUGUAUACUUUGCAAACAAUAUCUGCCGUUUCAAACAGUUCACUCUCACCAUAAUGAUAUUAAAUUGACCCUAAGACACACCCAAACACUGUCUCUCAUUCUGUAGCCUUGACUUCAAUAACCAACAGUCAGUCCUCCAGUGGUCGUCCUUGAUGGAGCUCCACGCGGUUGAGAGAUUGGUGGUUUAAUCGCACAGCCUCUGCACGUCUCCCGUCACUGUUCAUGUGAAUGUGUGUCACUGUCCGUGGGUGCGCAGUGGGUGCGCAGUGGGUUCUCUCCAGCCAGUGUUGUGUUGACGCAAGGAAAAUGUGUUUGAGGAAUCCAGACCUGGCCCGUCACCGCAUCAGAACCAUCAACAGCCCAGUGAAAUGGAAGACUAUGAAACUACCUAGGAUUAGAUUCAGAAAACAUCUUUUCUGUUUAUUAUAUAAAAAAAACACAAAUCAAGUUUCCCUUUGGUGGGAAAGUUCAAAUUGGAUGUAGAGAUAUAUUUUCAUGUGUUUUUAACGUCGGGGGACAUUUUUACUGCCACUCACCAUUUGAUUUUUAGCGAUGUUUUCGUCAUGCAUCUCCUUUUUUGCCGCCAAGCUGAAGUUUAAGAAAGAAAGAAAAAAAAAAAAAAAGCUCCUCUCUCUCUUCGCUCUUUUGCAGAUGCAUCCACACACCUUUGUAUCUGGACGCAGAUUCUUUUCAAAUUUCGAUUUCUAGAUUUCAAAAGUCAUUCUUUUUCUGACGUCUCAACUGAGUUCUGUUUUCUUUCUAUCGCAGUUUAAAAAAAAAAUAAACAAAUGUAUUGACUAUGAAAUAAAUGACACGAUAUUUGCUAGGUUUGAAGUAAUAAUGACUUAUUGUACAUAAGCAUUUUUUCCUCCCUUGUACUGAAAAAAGAAAUUAAAUGGUUGUAUAUUGUGUAGAAAAGCAAACAAAAAGCCAUGAAUAUUGUGAAGCUUGUCAUUUCGUUUUGUGAUCACUGUGUAUUAUUGUGUAACAAAUGUGCAAAAUGUUUGGGAUUCUUUUUUUUUUCCCUCCCCCUCCCUCCUCUGCUUCUUGAAGCGAUCUCCCUGGAUGCAUUUGCUUUGGUUGUGGACUAGUUAGAGUUUGCAGGAAAGUGCUCACUGGUUCAGACAGACAGGGUCUGCAGUCAGCUACACAUCUGAACAUUUCUUUAGUUUUCUCUUGGGGUGAUGAAGCUUGGGAUAACUGAUGGUUUCCUGAACUUGCUCUAGAUAAAAGCACUUUGAAUGUUUGACCUUGUGUGUUGGAUUACAUGGACAGAAUUGAAGGCCCCUCCUGAACUAAUGGUUGGAUCCGGGUUGAGAUUGGCUCUGGCCUCUCAGGACCAGUCUGGUGUUUUUGCAUGUUCGCUACAAAUCACAUCUAUCCCACAUUACUGCUGACCACUUCCUGAAGUCCACAUAUUCAGGCAUUGGCUUUCUAUGAACCACUGGGGCUCGAAUUUGCUGGACUGGACAGUAGGUGCUGCUCACAGCGCUGAAAGACAACAUUUAAAAAGUAACCUCUUUCCAGCGUUGCUGUUCUCAUACAGACUGUUUCUUACAUAGAAAGGAUGCAAGCAAGCAUUCUGCCCAUUCCCUCCCCGUUAUGUCUUCUCCUGUCCUGCAGGUGAAAAGACGUUAUUCUACUGACAGUAACAACUGAGAAAUGUCUCCAAAUGCCAGACCUGCCUUGCUUUGCUGUUGUUUUGUAAAAACCUGCUUUAAUCUUCCUCUCAAUUUAAUUUGUUGACUCUGUCUCCAUCCUUCUGGUGGGUGCAAGAUGAAUCCCUGGACCCGCCACGCUCCUGCGAGAUUUGCGUUGGGUCCUGCGGAAUCCCAAUGCAGCCCUCUAAACCAACCUUUACGUUCCAGUGUCCUAGUGAAAUGAGCGCAGCUUAGGCAAAAACACAGAACUAUCAGAAAUGGACAAUGAGAAACAGUCAGCUGUGUGUUCGCGGUUUGUAGUAAAUGUGUUUAAACACACAAAAUCACUGCAGCCUGAGUUCUAAGAGGGUUCCACCAGGGUUCUCCAGCUGAUUCUGAGGCCUGUUUUCUAAGAAGGUACCUCUGGAUGUAACGCCUACUGUCGUGCAGAAACAGUCCGUUUUAUACAGAGGUUAGUCACUAAAUAGUCCAUCCAUGUAUAAUCUCUCACGAGUGGAAGCCUGGUCCGACCUUUUUGUUUUGUUAAAUGUCCACAGCUGCUGACCCUGAAUCAGUGAUCACUUCUCCUGCCAACAGCAUACAACUUGUACGGUCCUCUACUGUUCGGCUUUAUCUUCUAUUAGUUGUUGUCGCUAAACGCAGGGAAACAUUUGAUUGCAAAAUCAGUUUGAUCAAUUUACCUGCAGAAGCGUUUCUUUUUGCAUAAUGUUUGACAAUGUUGAAGCAAACACCCGGGGAAGCAGAAACAAGACAACGAAAUCGAGACUAAUUGAAGUCCAUUUUGUUUUGCUUACAUCAAUCCUGACCUUUUGCACAUACUUGAUAUUUAACGGUCUUCAAAAAAGUAAAAGAAAAUAAUGCUGUUUGAAUACUGCCAGUUGAUUGACAAUUAUGCAUUGAUUGAAAAAAUAAGCUAAUUUUGGAGGAAAUAACUUUGUAAUAUUUAUCUCUUGCAAGCUAUGUUUAAUAAAGGUUGAAACAA